CUGGGGCACGCCCAGUCCCGCCCCGGGGUCCGUACUCCGGCCCAGCUGGCUGUGACACGCCCAUUCCCUAAGACCUGCCCCCUUUUGUCGGAGUCACCUUGCCGGAAGCGCGGCCCCUAUGUCCCUCCGCCCCGCCCUGCGCACGAGGCCCCUCCCGAGGACAGCCGUGGCUCCGCUCCCUGGGCCUCAAGGCACGCCCCUGUCCAGCCCUUCGGGCCACCUCCCUGCCCCUGCGCUUGGAACUCGCUUAAACACUUGGAGAUGAGCCCUUUGGUCGCCUCCUCCCUGGAGCGCGGCGCUAACCGCCCACCCGGCCUCUCUAAGACGCGCCCUGUUGCCCCUCCCCGCCCGGAAUCGGCCGUGUCCCCUAAGCCCUCGGAGAGGCCCCAGCUGCGGUUGCCAGGCUCUUCCUGGUGCCCCGGGAGCUCUGCCUGAUGCCGCCGGGCUAUCGAGGGCUGUGGCACUGGGGCGCAAUUCCGGAAUCUGCCGGCUGGUGGCGGAGACCUGCCGGGGGCCUGGAUCCCUCCCGGGCUUGGGGCGGGAAGAGCCCGGGACUGCCCAGGCCGCGCGAAUCCCUUUUACGCGUGGACGCCGGAGCGCUCUUGCCUCCUCCCGGGUGACAAGCUCCUUUUUCAGCCCACCUUCCAGAUUCUUGCAGAAAUAGUUUUGUCAGAAGGUCUGAGCAGCCGCUCACGGUAUUCAAUCCCGUGUUUAUCCUUUUAAAAUGUAAGCUGCCCCUCUGCUCCAACUCUCCGAGGGCUGCGUGGAUAUUUGGCUGUAGGGGUUCCGUACUGGUUCUGCACCUUGUGUGUUUGCUUCUUGGGACUUGUGACCUUCCGGGGGGAGAGGCUGCAGUGGAAAAUGCCUUUAAACCAAAUAUCCUGCUGAUAAUGGCAGAUGAUCUGGGCAUCGGGGACCUUGGUUGCUAUGGGAACAAUACUCUGAGGACCCCAAACAUCGACCGCCUCGCAGAGGAAGGUGUGAGGCUCACUCAGCACUUGGCAGCUGCCCCUCUCUGCACACCCAGUCGAGCUGCCUUCCUCACAGGGAGACAUGCCUUCAGAUCAGGCAUGGAGGCCACCAAUGGCUACCGGGCCCUUCAGUGGAAUGCAGGCUCCGGUGGGCUCCCAGAGAACGAAACCACUUUUGCCAGAGUCCUACAGCAGCAUGGCUACGCAACUGGCCUCAUAGGCAAAUGGCACCAGGGUGUGAAUUGUGCAUCCCGCAGCGAUCACUGCCACCACCCGCUGAACCAUGGCUUUGACUAUUUCUACGGCAUGCCCUUUACACUUACAAACGACUGUGACCCUGCCAGGCCUCCUGAAGUGGAUAAAGCGUUGAGGGCGAGGCUGGAGCGUUACACCCAGAUCAUGGCCUUGGGGAUUCUGACCUUGGCUGCGGUCAGGGCCUGCAGGCUGAUCUUGGUGUCUUGGAGAGCGGUGGCAGGGAUAAGUGGAGUCACGCUCGUGUUUUUCGUCUUCUGGUAUGCCAGUUUUGGGUUUGUGCAGCGCUGGAAUUGCAUCCUCAUGAGAAAUCACGAUGUCACAGCACAACCCAUGACUCUGGAGACCACAACCAGUCUUAUGCUAAAGGAAGCUGUUUCCUUCAUUGAAAGGCAUAAGCACGGGCCGUUCCUCCUGUUCGUUUCCUUCCUUCACGUCCACAUUCCCCUCGUCACCACCAAAGCCUUCCUUGGGAGAAGCACGCAUGGCUUGUACGGGGACAACGUGGAGGAGAUGGACUGGCUCGUAGGGGAGAUUCUUCAUGCCGUGGACGAAAACGGUCUGAAGAACAUGACUGUCGUGUAUUUUACGUCUGACCACGGGGGGUAUUUGGAAGCAAGAGAUGAACGUGGCACCCAGCUAGGGGGAUGGAACGGAGUGCACAAAGGAGGCAAAGGCAUGGGCGGCUGGGAAGGUGGGAUCCGAGUCCCAGGGAUAUUCCGCUGGCCCGGGGUGCUCCCAGCCAGCCAGAUCAUCAAUGAGCCCACGAGCCUGAUGGACGUUUUCCCCACUGUGGUGCAGCUGGGCGGCGGACAGGUGCCCCGGGACAGGGUGAUGGAUGGCCACAGCCUGCUUCCCUUGCUGCAAGGGACUGCCCCACACUCGGCACAUGAGUUCCUGUUCCAUUACUGUGGGAAGCAUCUCCAUGCGGCUCGCUGGCACCAGAAGGACAGUGGAAGAGUCUGGAAGGUCCAUUACAUGACUCCUCGGUUCCGCCCUGAGGGAGCGGGGGCCUGCUAUGGCCAAGGAAUCUGCCCAUGCUCUGGGGAGGGUGUGAGCCAUCACAACCCCCCUUUGCUCUUUGAGCUCUCCGUCGACCCUUCCGAGGCUCAGCCCCUGUCCCCUGACUCAGAGCCCCUGUACCAUGCCGUGAUGGCGAGGGUGGCCCAGGCUGUGGCACAGCACCAGAAGACCAUCAGUCCAGUGCCCGAGCAGUUUUCCACCAGCAACAUCAUGUGGAAACCAUGGCUGCAGCCGUGCUGUGGACAGUUUCCUUUCUGCUCAUGCCAGGAGCCCGGGGAUGGCACCCCCCAACGGCCAGGCCUGUGACAGAGGAAAAAAGAGGCUGACCGGGUUGGGAAAUAAAAAUCUCCAACCUUG